CCGCUAAAGAAAAAAUUAUUUAUCAAUUCAUUAGAGUGAAAAAAAGAAAAGGAGUGAUGACAGAAGAAGUAAUUUUGACUGGCAUAACGAGUGAUCCAAAAAAUGUUGAGCUAGUGAAGGAGUGUUAUGAAAAUGCCAUGAAAAAUGAGUGGGAAAGCAUUAAAACAAUGUAUCGGAACUGUCGUUUUGCUUUAUACGAUGGACUCACUCUCAGCGGCGAUACUGUUUUCCACAUUGCAGCAUCCAAGGGGAGCAUAGAACUGCUCCAAGCGCUCUUCGAAAUGGUUCCAACGUAUAAAAAAUGGGACGUUGUGAUGAUGGAGGACAUUUAUGGCAACACACUUCUCCAUGAGGCAGCCACCAGCAACAAAGUUGACGCAGCAAAAUUCUUGGUUGAGAAUGCACAUGGAGAACGAUUAACGAUGCUGACGAAGCCAAAUAAUUCAGGGGAGACGCCGAUGUACAGGGCUGCGGCGUUUGGUAUUAAAGCAACAGUGGAGUACAUGGCAAACGAGGUGGAGAAGGAAAUGGGAAGUCUGCAAGCAGCCAUCUUCACAAAAACCAAUGAUAAUCUCUCCAUUCUUCAAAUUGCUAUCAUUAAUGAAAAUUUUGAAACAGCAAUUUGGUUACUAGACAGAGAUCUAGAUCAGGCGAUGUUGAAGGAUUCUAAGGAGAAAUAUCUUCACUUUCUCGCAAGCAUGUCAACUGUUUUCAAAAGUUCUUCUAAAAAAAUGUCUGUAUUCAAGGAGUUUAUAUAUAGAUAUAUUCCAAACGACUUACACUAUAGAGAUGAAACUGAUCAUCAGCAUGUACCAAGACAGUGCUACAAGGCUAGGAAAGACUAUCAACCAAUGAUAGAAAUGAAUUUUAUUAAAGAAAUAGUGGGAAAAAAGAGGAAGCAUGAGUUAGCAUGUAAAUUGGCCAAAACGCUGGUACAGAGGGAUACUUCCUCGUGGCGUCAAUCCUUAGAACUGGCAAAUGAUCCAGUAUUAGGAAUGUGCAACCGCAAUGCUCGCCUGUACAACCGCAAUGUUCGCCUUUUAAGAGACGAAGAAACAGUUGGCGAAGAAGAGAGCAAGGCAUCGACCAAAACCAGAGGUCAACACGUCUAUGUUGUGUCACCAUCGAAUUCUCCAUUAAUUAUUGCCGCCAGCACAGGGAUCCUGGAGAUCGUGAAGAUGAUUCACAAAGAGUAUCCUCAAGCGCUGGAGCACGUAACUCCAAAUGGACAGAAUAUUCUGCAUGUGGCCAUUCUAUGCCGUCAAUACCACAUCUUUGAAUAUAUUAAGGAGAAGGGUGGAGCGGUGAACUCGGAGCUGGUUUUACAGAUGGACAACCAAGGCGAAACCAUUCUGCACAAAGCCGCCCGUACCAACUACUACCAAGGAGGAACCAAACCGACGGUAGCUCUGAACCUUCAAGAUGAGUUGAAAUGGUUCAAAAAGGUGAAAAAAAUGGUUCCUCUUCAUUACACAAUCCACCUCAGCUCGAAGAAUUAUACGGCAAAGGAACUGUUCAAAGAUCAACACCAAGAACAACUUAAAAACGCACAAGAAUGGGUCAAGAACACCUGUCAGUCAUGCUCCGCCGUGUCAGUCCUAGUUGCCACUGUUAUUUUCACUUCCGCCUUCACCGCCCCAGGUGGUUUCAAUGGUUAUGGGCGCCCUGUCUUGGAGGAGCGGCCUCUAUACUCUUUUUUCACUGUGAUGGACGAGGUCGGACUGGCUAGCUCACUAACGUCGGUGGUGCUCUUCCUUUCAGUGCUCACAUCGUCGCUUGAUCUGAAAGAUUUUGCAAAUGACAUACCCCGGAAACUGUCGUUUGGGUUCCUCUUUCUGUCCUUUGCCAUUUUAACCACCAUGCUUUCCUUCACAGCCGCAAUUAUCCUUACCGUUCAUUUGAAGAAGCCAUGGAAUACUACUCUGACCUUCAUUGCUGCAUCCCUUCCAAUUGGCGUCUAUGCGAUUGUGCAGUUCGAUUUGUAUAUGGAGUACUUCAAGAUUGCUCUCACCAGCAUUUAUGAGUUUGUGAAGAAGUUUAUUCUAAGGAGAUGAUUAUGUAUUUGAUUAUAUUGCGUGUGUGUGCAUUUUGAGUUUGUGAAGAAGUUUCUUCUAGGGAUAUGAUAUAUGAUGUAUUUGAUUACAUUGUGUGUGUGUGUUUUUUUUUUUUAAAAAAAAAAAAAAGUGCUACGUAUAUAAUGUUUGAGAUGAUUGUUGAAGAAGUUUGGAGUGUUAGAAACUGAAGAAAAGAGAAAAUAUGAAGAAGUGAAUUGUUUUCUUGAUUGAUACUAUCAUACUACAUCCUAUGUACAUGAUUGUAUCAUUAAAUUUGUCUAUUUUUA